AUGUCAACUUUGACUUCGUUAUCUAAAAUAACCCUACAAAAAAGAUUGUCAUUAUCACUAUCAAUAUCAUCGAGAACAUAUUUUAAAAGAAGAAUGAGUCCAACAAUCAGUAAAGGGAAACCAGAAGACGCCAAGAUCAUAGAGGCCAAACCAGUAUCUAAUACCAAAGAUUGUAAAUGGAUUGGCUUAGAAAAGAUUAAAUAUACUGACCCAAAUGGUAAUGAGAGAGAAUGGGAUAGUGCUGUUCGUUUAACAAGACAUGACGGUGAAAUUGAUGGGAUUGGUGUAUUAGCCAUUUUGAAAUAUGAUGAUGGGAGACCCGAUGAAAUCUUGUUACAAAAACAAUAUAGACCACCUGUUAAAGGUGUUUGUAUUGAAAUGCCUGCUGGGUUAAUUGAUAAAGGUGAAGAUGUCGCAACUGCUGCUAUAAGAGAAUUGAAAGAAGAAACUGGGUUUGUUGGGAAGAUUAUUCAUAUUAGUCCAACUGCUUUCAAUGAUCCAGGUUUCACUAAUACUAAUCUAGUAUUAGUCACUAUAGAAAUUGAUAUGUCAUUACCAGAAAACAAGAAUCCUCAAACCGAACUGGAAGAAAAUGAAUUCAUUGAAUGUUUCAGUGUCCCAUUAAAGAAAUUUGCAGAGGAAUUGAUCGAAUUAGAGAAGAAAGGUUAUAAAUUAGAUGCAAGAGUGCAAAAUGUCGCUCAAGGUAUUCUUAUGGCCAAACAAUAUAAUAUUAAUGAGCAAUGA